AUGUCGGAGCCCAUCCCCGAGUCCGUUCCCACCAGUGCCGACCCGCGCAGUCAGCGCCCGACCAAGAAACGCGCCUUGACCCCCGCCUCCGCCCAGGCAAACCAAGUCGACGCCCUUUUCGCAAACCCCGACAGGGAAAUUCAACUCCCCUCGGGCCCCAAGGCGAAAUCCCUUGCACCACCCCCCGAAAUUGUUGCCAACGUCCAAGGCUCCUCCGCAGGCGCCGGCUCUGGAGAAUUCCAUGUCUACAAGGCUUCGCGACGCCGGGAGUAUGAGCGGCUGAGGCUGAUGGACGAAGAGACAAAGAAGGAAGAGCAGAACAAGGAAUUUCAGGCGAAGCGUGAGGAGAUGAGGAAGAAAGAUGAGGCGAAGACGAACAAAAACAAGGCGCGCAGAGAAAAGGCCAAGGCGAGGAAAGGAAAGAAAGAUGAGAAGAUGGAAGGCAUCGCCUCUACCGGCCAGGAUGGCGCAAGCCAAACUCUGAAGAAAUUGGGCCCCAACAAGGCCCUGGAGCAGAAGGAGGAUGACCACCAAGAAGGGCGCACCGCCAAUGGCAAUGCUGAUGCGAACAACCUGGAAGAGAUUGGUAUUGUCAUCCACGACGAGGACUGAUUGUGCCGUUCCGGAAUGACGUCGCCUUUAAACCUUCCCGCCUUGCGCUGUUACUCAUGGAAGCUGGAAGCUAUGUGCCGGCCUAGUCAAUAAAAC